AAACUCCAACAUGUACAUUUUUCUAAUUUCAUCUUUUGUUUCUUUAAUUGUCUCCUUCCCGAACUUCGCCUAGGAAUAUUUGUUUUCUUUGGACGGAAUUGGGGAAAAUCGGAAACCAGGCUAUUACCGCCAUUUAAGCAUCCACCGCCAUAAACCUUAAUGGUCACCAUUCCACAACUUCAAUCUCUUAAAUUUACGAACUGAAGAAGUCAUUAACCCUAAUUUUAUCUUGCAACUGAUAAAGUUUUGAUCUUUAGUUUUGUUUUCCUAAAAAUUAAAUUUAGAUUGCAAAAGCAAAAAUGUCAGGAGAAGCAUUAGAAAGAUACCAAAAUCUAGGAUUGCGAGAGUCAUUAUCUCUCUCUUACCGUUAUCCAUUGGUUUGUAAGGAGCUUGGAGUUAUUCUUCGUUUGGGUUUUUCUAAAUCACCUAAACCCCUUCAAUCCCUUCUAUUUGAAGAUACUAUUGCUGCUUUUCGCCUUCUUCCUCAAAUGCAGACGCAAAGUGCUGUUUCGGCAGCUAACCUUCUAAGCCAAAGUGCUGCUGCAGCUUUCCCCAAGCAGAAACGAGGUCUGGCUGCUACUGAAUUUAAGCAAGCCAAGGUUGCUUACAAGCGACGUUUCAAAACUCAACAGGAAAGAAAAGAUCUCGUCCAACUGCCUCAAGAUGUCCUCGUACAUCUUUUCAGUUUCUUGGACAUGCAAUCUUUAGUAUCCGCUGGAAUAGUAUGCUGGUCAUGGAAUGCAGCUGCAAGUGACAACUAUCUUUGGCAGCUUCAUUAUAUCACCCAUUUUGGUGACGGGGAGAUUAUUCCGAAACAAAAGGGUCAUCAAAGUUCUCGUAAUUUUUGUGAAGAUGCAAACUAUGACUGGAAAGAAGCCUUUCAGAAAGCAUACUUAGGCCUUCCAUCUUGGAGAUAUAAAUAUAACAGAGGAUUCUGUCGUUUUUGCGAUUCAAUUGUUUGGCCUAACAACCUGAAUUGCCCAAAGGCGCACUUGACAACUUUUCAACUUCAUGGAAUUCAGCCGUUGAAGCCUUUAUCACCUAGCCAGCUCGUCAGAUACGUUUUAGAAAAUGAUACUUCUUGGCUGUACUCUUCAGAUAGUGAUAGCGAAUCAGAUGAAGAGGGUGAUCUCAAAUUCUGGACAUUUAAGUACUAGCUCAUUACAAUGGAUUAUUUUGAUUCCGAGCUAUUACUCUCACUAGAGACUUUCUCUCGGUGAUAUGACCUCGAAACAAUUAGCUCAUAUGCUAAUAAUUGAAUUAGUUAGAAUAUCCAACCCAUUUAUAAAAGGAAUCUCACGGUGAGACCAUCUCACACAAGAAUUUGUGUAUAUUUGUUUGAAAGAGCUCAACACUGGUGAAUAAGGCCUAACAUUGAGCGGUCGCCAGAAGCCUUCCCGGCAACUCCAAUUUUUGAACCUUACAAAAGUAAAAGUUGCUGGCAUUUGCUUGGUUUUCUGAGGUAAAAACUCUGUAUAGCAUAGAAGGUGUUUAUCAUAAAUCAUGUCAAUAUUGUUGAAACCAUUGGGAAAUUGUGUUUGAUACAUUUACUUUUGGCAAAACUAUUUUCAGCUUCAUAUUAUUUUUUUGAGUUGCAACAUUGUUCUCGAAAA